AUGUCUCGAUUCUUCCGCGGCGGCGACGACAGCUCGACCGACUCGUCCAGCGACGAGGAGGAGCUCUACUCCGAGGAGGAGGAGGAGCAGGAUCUCAACCAGAACGACUCCGACGAGGACUCCGACGAGGGCUCCGAGGAGGAGAGCGAGGAGGAGACCAGCGACGAGGAGGGCGGCAAGGCGCAGGGCGCCAGCAAAUUCUUGAGGGACGCCGAGUCCGAGAGCGACGACAGCGAUGACGAAGUGCGCGACAAGGUCAGGAGUGCCGCCAGCAAGCGGCUGGAGGAGCUGCUGGACUCGAUCAAGAAGAUUGAGAACGGCCAAAAGAACGGCGACUGGACGCUCAUCUCUGCCGAGUUCGACAAGCUCAACCGCCAAGUCACCAAGCUGCAAGAUGGUGGCAAGACGCCCAAGCCCUACAUUCGUGCGAUCGCCGAGCUGGAGGACUUUAUGAACGAGUCCAUCGCGAAGCAAAAGGUCACGCCCAAGAAGAUGAACGCCACCCAGGCCCGCGCCCUCAACGCCGUCAAGCAGAAGAUCAAGAAGACCAACAAGGAGUACCAGACUCAGGUCGACGCCUACCGGGCGGACAAGGACGGCUUCAUGGAGUCGGACGAGGAGGAGGAGGUGGCCCCCGCCCCCAAGGCCAAGAAGCUGCCCAAGCUGGAGCUGGACGCUCCCGUCGAGGAGCUCGGCGACGAGGGCUUCGCCACCGUCGGCAAGGGCGGCAGGACCCUGCAGUACACCCCCGAGAGCAUCUUCAAGCACCUCCGGACCAUCAUGGAGUCCCGUGGCAAGAAGAACACGGACCGCCUGGAGCAGAUCAAGGUCAUGGAGAAGCUCUACGAGAUUGCCAACACCUCCUACCAGAAGAUCCGCGUCCUCCUCACCCUCGUCUCCGCCCGCUUCGACCUGGGCAGCGGCACCUCCAACGUCAUGCCCCUGGAGCAGUGGAAGGCGGCUGAGAAGGAGCUGUCUGCCCUGCUGGAGCUGCUCGAGAAGGAUCACGAGUACGUGGUGGUCGAGAACGUGGAGGAGUGGGACGACGAUGAGAAGCCCCCGACGCUGCAGGCUGGCGAGAAGUACAUCAAGGUCGCCGGCAGCAUCGUGUCCUAUGUCGAGAGACUGGACGACGAGCUCGUCCGCUCCCUGCAGAGCAUCGACCCCCACACCUCCGAGUACAUCGACCGUCUGCAGGACGAGGGCGCGCUGUACAACAUCAUCUUCAAGGGCAUGCUCUACUACGAGUACCUGCGCAAGGAUGAGUCUCUCGACAUCCCCCAGGACAGCGUCAACCGCAUCGUCAUGCGGCGGCUGGAGCACGUCUACUUCAAGCCUGCCCAGGUCGUCAAGACGUUCGAGGAGAACUGCUGGAAGACGGUCGGCGACAAGGUCGAGUCGGUCAUCACCACGCGGGCCCAGGCCCAGGACGCCGGCAACCUGGUCAACGUCCUGUGCAACUACCUCUUCAGCAACAGCGACGGCAUUAUCCGUGCCCGAGCCAUGCUGUGCCAGGUCUACUUCCUCGCCCUCCACGGCGAGUACUACAAGGCCCGCGACAUGAUGCUCAUGUCCCAUCUUCAGGAGACGAUCCCCAACUUUGACGUCCAGAGCCAGAUCCUCUACAACAGGACCUUGGUGCAGGUCGGCCUUUGCGCCUUCCGCAAGGGCCUGGUGUACGAUGCCCAGAAUACGCUUCAGGAGAUUUGCGGCAGCGGCCGCCAAAAGGAACUGCUCGCCCAGGGCGUCAUGAUGCAGCGGUACAGCCAGGUCUCUCCCGAGCAGGAGAGGCUGGAGAAGAGCCGCCAGCUGCCGUUCCACAUGCACAUCAACCUGGAGCUGCUCGAGUGCGUCUACCUGACGUGCAGCAUGCUGCUCGAGAUCCCCCUGCUGGCGCAGACGGGCUCGUCGCCCGACGUCAAGAAGCGCGUCAUCAGCAAGACGUACCGCCGCAUGCUCGAGUACCACGAGCGCCAGAUCUUCACGGGCCCGCCCGAGAACACGCGCGACCACGUCAUGCAGGCGUCCAAGGCGCUCGCCGCCGGCGAGUGGAAGAAGUCGACCAACUUCAUCCACAGCAUCAAGAUCUGGGAGCUGAUGCCCAACUCGGAGGACAUCAAGGCCAUGCUCGCCAAGCAGAUCCAGGAGGAGGGCCUGCGGACCUACCUCUUCACCUACGCGCCCUUCUACGACACGCUCGCCCUGGAGACCCUGGGCGGCAUGUUCGAGCUGGACGCGACCAAGGUGGCUGCCGUCGUCAGCAAGAUGAUCAGCCACGAGGAGCUGGCCGCGUCGCUCGACCAGGUCACCUCCAACGUCAUCUUCCGCAAGGGCGUCGAGCUCAGCCGUCUGCAGUCUCUGGCGCUCACCCUCUCAGACAAGGCCAGCGCCCUCAUCGAGAGCAACGAGCGGACGCUCGAGCAGCGGACGCAGGGCACCAGCAACGCCUUCGAGCGGCAGGGCGGACGCGGCCGCGGCCGCGGCGGCCAGAGGGGAGGUGCCCGCACGGGCCGGGGUGGCGCCGGCGCGGGUGGCCACACGCAGAGACAGGCCGGCGGCACGCAGUUCACCGGCGGUGCCCUCGGCGCUGCCGUCCGGGGCUAG